CGAGGCGGACUCGGUGCAGACGAUCGAAGGCGAGGAUCAAAAAGGAUAUAUACAGAGUGCAAGAUGCAGUACACACUACUCGUUGUAGCAGCCCUGCUGCUCAGCUUGGCCCAGGCCAAGCCACAAGUGAGACCCCAGCCCCAGGGAGAGCCCAUUCCCAUCAUCCGACAGGAGCAGGAGGUCAACUUCGAUGGCUCCUACAAGUAUCUCUACGAGACGGGCAACGGGAUCAACGCCGAGGAGGAGGGCUAUCUCAAGAACCCGGGCACCGACAAUGCCGGGCAGGUCGCACAGGGCUCCUUUUCGUACACCUCCCCCGAGGGCAUUCCCAUUCGGAUAACCUAUCUGGCGGACGAGAAUGGCUUCCAGCCGCAGGGCGACCACCUGCCCACGCCGCCACCCAUCCCGCCUGCGAUCCAGAAGGCAUUGGCCUACUUGGCCACCGCUCCACCGCCGCCGCAAGAGCAACCGGGCGGAGGUGGUGGGUUCAACAACCAGCGAAGGGGUUAACUCGUCUUCGCCCACACUGGAAUUACCUGGUUCUACUCAUUUACAAAACGUGU